AUGUCUGUUGGAGCAGAGACUUUACUAGUUUGUGUAUGGAGAUUGCUUAAACUUUCCAUGAAAACUAGUAGCCUAUGUGUGCGUAGGCAUCCAUUUAUUUCCGCCACUUUGUUGUUCUUCUACCUCUUUUAUGUAUUUUUCAAAAUUUUCGUCUUCUGGUUUCCGUUUCUGGUCUGCAUUGUUGUUCUUGUUAGAUUAUUUUACACUUCCGGAGGACUCACUAUCUUAGAAGAGGCCAAACGAGAUGAAAAACGAAGUACUAAUGAUCAAGUGUCGUGUAAAAAACCCGACCAUCCUGUUGGAGGUGAUGGUGUUGUCAACCGAGAUGGGUGCACCUUAAUGAGACAGAAAAGCAGACGAACAAAUGUCUCGAGAAGGUGCAUAGAAGCGAGUGGACAAGAUUAUUACAAUGUAGGAAAAGGCAUUUCUAUUUCCAAAACUCCGAAAGAUGGUUUGAUUGGUGGAACUGCAUUGAUUGACAGAAGCAAGAAAGCAGUCAUGGAGGAGAAAAUGAAAUGUGCUUUUGAUAAGGGAGAGAGCUCCACGGUGAAAGCAUCAGCAGAAGAAAAUAUUCAGGCUCUUGUUAAGCAACACCAUUCGGUCCUAGAGUCCGACAUUUCAGAAUCUCAACUGUUAUCUUCUGAUGAUUCGGACGAGCAGCCUGACAAAUCUAAAGGUGGUGGAACUAAUGGAGAAGAGACGCAAGAGGAUGGGAACAAGGCGGUGCAGUGGACAGAUGAUGAUCAAAGGAAUCUUAUGGAUCUCGGGUUUUCGGAGAUGGAAAGGAACAAAAGGCUGGAAAGUUUGAUUGCCAGGAGAAGAGCAAGAAAGUUAUUCAAAAUGCAAGUUGAGAAAGGUCUACUUGACCUGGAUACUAUCAUACCAGGCCAGAUUGCUCCAAUUUUUGUUGAAAAAAACACCCCAUUUGAUUACGCGAAAUUAUUUUCAAGCAGUCUGGACACACCUGGUUCAGCCCCUUCCAUUUUGUUACCAAUGCAAAAUCCAUUUGAUCUUCCGUACGAUCCACAUGAAGAGAAACCGAACCUUAUGGUGGAUAGUUUCCAACAAGAAUUCACGACUGUUCACCAGAAGGAAAUGUUAUUUUGCCGGCACGAGAGCUUCUCUUCGGGAGCUGCUUCAUAUCCAUUGGAACCCAAGAGAAAAUCAUUGGAUGGAUUGGGGUUUUCCGGAUUUAAAAAGCCAUCAGAGACAGGAGCUCACGAUAGGCAUAUCGAAAGAAUAUUGUCGGGUAAGCAUGACGAAGUUAUUGAAGCUCUGCUGUCAAAGGCACGCAACAACAUGUCCGACAUUGGCAGCAAUGCUGAUACCGCUGAAAGCAGAACCGAGUCCCAUCUUAUUGAAUCCCCCAUUCCGGCAAUAAGUUCAGUGAAACCGAAAGAUGAAGGAAAAAGCGAAACUCAGAGGGUGACUGACACAAAAGCAACGAACAAGAUGGAAAGUAGAAGUGUAGAGAUGGAGUCACGCGCUGAUGACAGUAACGAUGAGUCAAGCUCAACAUCAUAUUCUGAAGACGAUGAACAGAGCUCUCAUUCUACUAGACCUGGGCCCUCACAAAAUGCAGGAUCAAAAGUGAGGCAUUUUCCACCUAAACCCCUAAGUUGUUCGAUUCCUAUGAGCAAAUCUGUGAAGGAGUUGUUGUAUGAUUCUAGCCCGUCUGCUAACAAAAGGAGUGGAUUAGAAGAACGCUUGUUUUAUUCUGAAAGGGGCACUUGUCAUACUCCUACAUACUCUAUAGCUUCUGACCUGCAGGUGGAGGUUUCAGAGGCUGGUUCACCUUCGCUGACAGAUAACACGGCCAAUUCACCUUCAGAUAAGGAAUCUGAGACGUUGGAUGGAAACUUUGAAAAAGAGUAUGUGUGGACAGCAUCGUCUCAAUCAUCAAGAACAGAAGAAAAUGAAUCAAAACUUUGGGACGCAUGUGGACUCAGCGAGAAAUACCUUGCAAGUAUAAGAUUUUCGGGUAACAAUAAGAACAUCAAGGAUUCUUCUGAAUCAUCAUCUAUGCACAUGCAGCACCUAGAUGAACUAGAUGAUGUGUGCUCGUUGUCAUCUUCUAUAACAGACUUACAUGGAGACAUCCAAACCCAUUCAAUGGGUUAUGAUGGAAACAGCUAUGACGAUGUCAGGCAAGCGGUUGAAAAAGUUGGAAAGCUAAGGACUUCCAGCUCAUGCACUGUACUUUCACUUGAAAACCAAGACGAAACAACGAAAUCAAAUGAAAACUUGGUGACUCAUUCUUCUGCAAAACCAGAGGAAUCAUUGAAUCCCCUCGAUAAGACGACAAAGAAGGUGAAUACGCCAGCAAUCAAUGCCACUAAUUUGAAAGAUGAGAGGACAAAUGCAGACAGAGAUGGUGGAGACCAGAUAUUGAUUAAGCAAGAGACUCGGGGAGAGUCGUCAAAGCCAAAGGAGGUGACUAUUUUAGCAUCCAGUAGGCAUUCAGAGGAAAUUUUUGCGAAUUCUGAUAAACGCGAUGUUUCCUUGGACACUAAGCAACUAAUCAAGGACAAUAAGAAUUCAAAUUAUACUGAGGGAAAUUUUCAACAGGAAAUUGAAAAUGAAGACGAAAAAGAACUGGAUGCAAAAACGAACUCAAACCCAAUUCAAGGCAGAAAGGAUGACCAACGUACUGCAGAAAGCAGAGUUUAUAGUGAUCGUAUUCCAUCAGUUGUGCAGAAAGAUCUGGUGAAUGAAGACGUUGUUGUUGAAUCCAAUUAUUUAUCAUCAUCAUCAUCUCUGACAUCUGUGUUACUAGAAGAUAUCCCAAGGGAUCAAACUUCAUCAUCAAAUUCCAACCCCGAAAGACACAUUGGUGUCUCAGAAUCUAAGGUGGGAGGCAAGGUGAAAAGCGAUUCAUCCACAAUGAAGCCACAUGACAGCACAUUUUUGACACCUCAAACUGCAGUGCAACCUGUUGAGGAAUCAACAAGUGACUGUUCAAAUACGAGUUAUUCAAAAAAAUCACAGGAACAAUGUAAGCCUACAGAAAAAUCCGAGGAAGCCAACAUCAUACUGACUGAACAAGCUGAAGAAAUUGGAGAUCUAUCACAAAAAACAAGAGAAACUGCUUCAGAAUUAAAAAAACAAGCUGCGGAAAUUGAAAAAAUAUCUGGAAAAGCAAAAGAAGCUGCUGCCGAACUGAAAAAACCAACUGAAGAAAAAGGAAACUUUUCGCAACAAGCAACCGAGACUAUUUUAGAAUUAAAAAAGUCUGCAGAAGAAAUUGAGAGCAUGUCACAAAAAGCGAGAGAGGUUGCCGUUGAGAUGAAAAUUCCGGCUGAAGAAAUUGUAAACGUAUCAAAAAAGGCAGCAGAAACUGUAGAGUUGAAAAAAGCAGCUGAAGAAAUAGAAGGCGUAUCACAGAAAGCAACACAGCCUACAGUAGAACCUAAAAAACUGAUAGAAGAAAUUGAAAGUGCAACACAAAAAGCAACUGUGGCUUCUACAAAAUUGAUAAAACCAGGCGAAGCAAUCAAAGAGGUACCAGAAAAAACUACAAAGGUUGAUGCAGAACUGAAGCAAUCAGUAAAAGCAGCGUCAAAUGUAUCACAAAAGGCAACAGAAACUGCCGCACGGUCAAAAAUACCAAUUGAGAAAAUUGAAGAUGCAUCGGCAAAGACAACAAAUGUUGAAGCAGAAAUAACGAAACCAGCAGAACAAACAGGAAAUAUAUCUCAAAAAACAAUAGAAGCAGCUUCAGAAUUGAAAAACCAGGGUGAUGAAAUUGGAAGUGUAUCAAGAAAAGAAGUCGAGGCUACUGCAAAGGUGGAAAAACCAGCUGAAGAAAUUGGAAGUGUGUUAUGUAAGGCAACAGAGGCUCCGGUGGUACUAAAAAUACCAUCUGAAGAAGUUGGAAUAAUAUCACAGAAAGCAAGUGAGGCUCCUGCAAUAUUGAAGCAUCUAUCCGAAGAAAUUGAAAAUGUAUCACAAAAAGCAAGCAAGACUCCUACAGAACUGAAAAAACCGGCUGAAGAAAUUGAAAGUGUAUCGCAAAAAGCAUCAAAGGCGGCCACAGAAUCAGGAGAUUUAUCUAAAAAAGUUGAAAAUGUACCAAGAAAAAAAAUAGAGAUAGUUGCAGAGUUGAAAAGCCCAGCAGAGGAAAAUGGAAACGUUUCAAUUGGGGUAGCUGUAGAAGUGGAAAAACCAGUUAAAGUUGGGAGUGAAUCACAAAGAGCAACUGAGGCUACUGUAGAACUGAAAAAGUCGCCUGAAGAAGUUGGAAGUGCAUCACAAAAAGAGACGGAGGCUCGUGUAGCUUCGAAAAAAUCAUCUGAAGAAAUCGAAAGUGGAUCACAAAAAAUGAUAGAGGCUCCAGAAAAAAUAAAACAUCCAGUUGAAGAAUUAGGUAAUGUAUUACAACAAGCAACAAUGGCUGGGCUAGAAUUACCACCAGCUAAAGAAACUGAAAAUCUACCACAAAAAGCAUCAGAGGUUGCUGCAGAAUCAAAAAAAACAAGCCGAAAAUUUUGAAAAUGUAUUGGGGAAAACAGCAGACGAUAGUAAAGAGUUGAAAAAACCGCCUGAAGAAGUUCAAUAUGUCUCUCAAACAGAAACAGAAGCUUCCGCAAGAAUGAAAGAAACAGAUGAAAAGAACGAAAGUGUACCAACAAAAGCAACUGAAGCUGCUACAGAAAUGAAAAAAUUUGCUGAAGAAACCGAGAGUGAAUCGACAAAAGAAACAGAGGUCCCAACAAAUUUAAAAGGGCAAGCUGAAAGAAUUGCUGCUGCAUCACAAAAGCAGUAGAGAUUCCAAGAGAACUGAAAAAGUCUGCUGAAGAAACAGGAACUGGACCAAAAAAAUCAUUAGUCUACAACAGAGUUGAAAAAACCAGCUAAAGAAAGCGAAAUAGCAUCACAAAAAACAGUAGAGAUUCUGAGAGAACUUAA